GUCUUGAUUUCUUUCACUAAACUCAUAUAAUCACAUAUCUCUCCAAGUUCAUCAAGAAAAUAAUAUAAACGCACGCAUACAAGAACUGAAGAAUGAACAGACCCGGAGAUUGGAACUGCAGGUCAUGCAACCACCUCAACUUCCAGCGCCGUGACUCUUGCCAGCGAUGCGGUGACUCUCGUUCCGGCCCUGGUGGAGUCGGUGGCUUAGACUUCGGUGGUUUCGGCGGCAGAGCCAUGUCUGCUUUCGGAUUCACCACCGGCUCUGACGUUCGUCCCGGUGAUUGGUACUGCACCGUCGGAAACUGCGGGACACACAACUUCGCCAGUCGCUCCACUUGCUUCAAAUGCGGCACUUUCAAGGACGAGACCGGCGCUGGAGGCGGAGGCGGUGGCAUCGGUGGUCCGGCCAUGUUUGACGCAGACGUUAUGCGGUCUAGAGUCCCCGGUAACGGUGGUCGCUCUAGCUGGAAAUCCGGCGACUGGAUUUGUACUAGGAUUGGUUGCAAUGAGCAUAACUUUGCAAGCAGAAUGGAAUGCUUCAGAUGCAAUGCACCAAGGGACUUCAGCAACAGAACCACUUUCUAAGUUAUACAAAAUGCUUUUGAAGUAGCCUUGUCUCCAUUUUCUUAGUUUCUUUUUAAGAGUUUUAUUAUUCUAAUCAUUGUACGCUGCAUGUCUUUCUUAAAAGAAGAUUCUCUUCUCAAUUUCAUCGCUUUAUACAUGAGUUGCUACUUUUUUUUCCUAGACUGAAAUAUACUUACAAUCACUUU